AUGUCCUCGGUCUUCCGUGCCAGCACACGGCUGCGCUCCGCAGCCCGUCUGCCUGCUGCCCGUGCUCUCUCUACCACCGCUGGCCUGCGCGCAGCGGAGAAGCCUUACUUCCCCAAUGAGCCCACAGCCCCUUCCGUCUCGGGACCUCUCCCCGGACCUAAGAACCAGGCCGCUACUGCUGAGCUCGAUGAGGUGUUCGACGUCCGCAGCUUGAACAUGCUGACUGACUUCAACCAGUCCGUUGGAAACUACAUCGCUGAUCUCGAUGGCAACAAGUUUUUGGAUGUCUAUGCUCAGAUUGCUUCUAUUCCCAUUGGUUACAACAACCCCCACCUGCUGAAGGCUGCCGGCUCCCCCGAGAUGGCCUCUGCUCUGAUCAACCGUCCUGCUCUGGGUAACUUCCCCUCCCACGACUGGGCUCACACCCUUAAGACCGGUGUUCUCCGUGCUGCCCCCAAGGGACUGAACCAGGUCUUCACUGCCAUGGCUGGCUCAGACGCCAACGAGACUGCCUACAAGGCUGCCUUCAUGUACUACCGCCAGCUGCAGCGUGGUGGCCCCGAGGUUGAGUUCACCGAGGAGGAGCUGCUCUCCACCAUGAACAACGCCGGCCCUGGAUCUCCCCAGCUGUCUAUUCUCUCCUUCAAGUCCGCCUUCCACGGUCGUCUCUUCGGUUCUCUGUCCACCACCCGCAGCAAGGCCAUCCACAAGCUGGAUAUCCCCGCUUUCGACUGGCCCCAGGCCACCUUCCCCCAGCUCAAGUACCCUCUCGAGGACAACGUCCAGGAGAACGCCGCUGAGGAGAAGCGCUGCCUCGCCGAGGUUGAGCGUCUCAUCAAGGAGUUCCACAACCCCGUUGCCGCCGUCAUGGUUGAGCCCAUCCAGUCUGAGGGUGGUGACAACCACGCCUCCCCCGCCUUCUUCCAGGGCCUGCGUGAUAUCACCAAGCGUACCAACGUCCUUUUCAUUGUCGACGAAGUGCAGACCGGUGUCGGUGCUACCGGAAAGUUCUGGGCCCACGACCACUGGAACCUGUCUACCCCCCCUGACAUGGUCACCUUCUCCAAGAAGGCACAGACUGCCGGUUACUACUUCGGCAACCCUGCCCUGCGCCCCAACAAGCCUUACCGCCAGUUCAACACCUGGAUGGGUGACCCUGCCCGUGCCCUGAUCUUCCGCGGUAUCAUCGAGGAGGUCGAGCGUCUCGGCCUCGUCGAGAACACUCGCAUCACUGGUGACUACCUCUACAGCGGUCUUGCCCGUCUCGCUGAGAAGUACCCCCAGCACUUCCAGAACCUGCGUGGUAAGAACCAGGGUACCUUCAUCGCCUGGGACACCCCCAAGCGUGACCAGCUCGUUGCCAAGGCCAAGUCCUUCGGUAUCAACAUUGGUGGCAGCGGUGCCUCUGCUGUCCGCCUGCGCCCCAUGCUGGUCUUCCAGAAGCACCACGCCGAUAUCCUGCUCGAGAAGCUCGAGCAGAUCAUCCAGGCUAUCUAA